CUUAAACUGCCUCCCUGGGAUCAGCUCAGAGAUAUUUGAUCAGAGACACUUGGAAAGACGCUGCUUUUCCGGCAUAUGAAGAGUCUGUGCAUAAUUUUGUAACCCUGGGCACUGGCAAGGACUUUUAACAACACAGAAGAAGAGUUGAGUUUUGCAAAGGGAGCAAAAUGACAGGACCAUGGGGCACCUUCCUCCCAGGGGGCACAAGCCCCCUGUUCGUGAGUGUGAACAUUUACGAUGUCUCUAAGCAAUGAAAAGAAGGUGAACACCUCGGUACUGAGGAAAAUAGCUGAUGACAUGAGUAACAUAAUCGAAAGCCUCGACACGAGGGAGCUCCACUUUGAAGGGGAGGAGGUGGACACAGAUGCCCUCCAUGACCCAAAAGAACCUGUGGGUAUUCCAUUCUCUGCCAUUUACAACACUAAAGGCUUUAAAGAGGCUCAUAUGCAAACUUAUCUAACCGGAUGUCCGAUUCGAGUGCGGGUUUUGGAAGUGGAGCGUUGUACCUCAACAACAAAGGUACCAAGUCUACAUGUUUACACUAUUGAAUUAACCCAUGGGGAGUUUACAUGGCAAGUGAAAAGGAAAUUCAAGCACUUUCAAGAAUUCCACAGGGAACUGCUUAGAUAUAAAGCUUUUAUACGGAUUCCCAUCCCCACAAGAAGGCACACAGUCCGAAGGCAGACUGUCAAGAGGGGAGAAGCAAGGCAAAUGCCAAGCUUACCCCGCACCUCUGACAACAUGGUUAGAGAAGAACACCUCUCCAGCAGAAGGAAACAACUGGAAGAUUACUUAACAAACCUCUUAAAAAUGCCCCUAUAUAGGAACUAUCAUGGAACGAUGGAAUUCAUCGGUGUAAGCCAACUGUCAUUUAUCCCUGAUCUUGGACCAAAGGGCAUAGAGGGUAUGAUCAUGAAAAGGUCUGGGGGUCACAGAAUCCCUGGCUUGAAUUGCUGUGGGCAAGGAAGACUUUGCUACCGAUGGUCCAAAAGGUGGUUAGUAGUAAAGGAUUCUUUUCUACUGUACAUGAAGCCAGACAGUGGAGCCAUUUCAUUUGUCCUACUGGUAGAUAAAGAAUUCAGCAUAAAGAUUGGCAAGAAGGAAACAGAAACAAAAUAUGGACUUCGAAUAGACAAUCUCUCCAGGUCUCUAAUUUUGAAAUGCAAUAGUUAUAGACAUGCUCUCUGGUGGGGUCAAGGAAUAGAAGCAUUCAUACAGAAAAAUGGCAAGAACUUUCUCCAGCAUCAUCGGUUUGGUUCUUAUGCAGCUGUCCAGGAGAACACCUUAGCAAAAUGGUAUGUGAAUGCAAAGGGGUAUUUUGAAGAUGUUGCAAAUGCCAUGGAGGCUGCCAAAGAAGAGAUUUUCAUCACAGAUUGGUGGCUGAGCCCAGAAAUAUUCAUGAAGCGUCCAGUGGUGGAAGGAAAUCGUUGGAGAUUAGACUGUAUUUUGAGGAGGAAAGCUCAACAAGGAGUGAAAAUCUUUGUCAUGCUCUACAAGGAGGUUGAGCUUGCUCUUGGCAUCAACAGCGAGUACACCAAGCGUACCUUAAUGCGUUUGCAUCCCAACAUUAAGGUAAUGAGGCACCCGGAUCAUGUGUCUUCUACUGUGUAUUUAUGGGCUCACCAUGAGAAGCUAGUGGUUAUUGAUCAGUCCAUUGCUUUCGUUGGAGGCAUUGACUUGGCUUACGGCAGAUGGGAUGACAUUGAACAUCGGCUAACUGAUGUUGGCAGUGCAAAACGGAUGACAAGCACAAAGUCUGAGUCUUCAACAAAUCUCUCUUCUUUAGCUGAUACAACUGACGCAUCAACUACUGAGCUUCCAACAGAGUCUGCAGUGAAACUUUCAUCGUAUGGAAACUUUGAUGACCCACCUGAUCCUUCAAGAAUGAAAGGGAUAGGGAGACCUAGGAAGUUUGCCAGGUUCAGCAUCUACAAGCAGCUCCACAGACAUGGCCUACAUCAUGCAGACAGUGUGAGCAGUGUAGACAGCGAUUCGAAUAAAGGUUCGAUCCGCAGCUUGAAGACAGGUGUUGGAGAGCUUCUUGGUGAAACCCGAUUUUGGCAUGGAAAGGAUUAUUGCAACUUUGUCUUCAAAGACUGGGUUCAGCUUGAUAAACCCUUUGCUGAUUUCAUUGAUCGCUACACUAUGCCAAGGAUGCCAUGGCAUGACAUUGCUUCUGUGGUGCAUGGCAAAGCUGCAAGGGAUGUGGCUCGGCACUUCAUUCAGCGCUGGAAUUUCACAAAGAUCAUGAAACCCAAAUAUAGAUCCCUGUCGUACCCUUUCCUGUUGCCAAAAUCCCAAUUAACAGCUGAUGAUCUGAAGUACCAAGUCCCUGAGGCAAUGAAUGCCAAAGUGCAGGUGCUUCGCUCUGCUGCUGAUUGGUCUGCUGGGAUCAAGUAUCAUGAGGAAUCCAUCCAUGCUGCUUAUGUCAAUGUGAUAGAAAACAGUGAACACUACAUAUAUAUAGAGAACCAGUUUUUUAUCAGCUGUGCCGAUGAGAAAGUUGUAUUUAAUCGGAUAGGUGAUGCCAUUGCCCAACGAAUCCUCAAAGCCUACAGGGAAAACAAACGGUACCGAGUCUACAUAGUCAUCCCUCUGCUGCCUGGAUUUGAAGGUGAUAUUUCAACAGGAGGAGGAAAUGCGCUGCAAGCAAUCAUGCAUUUUAACUACAGGACCAUGUGCAGAGGAGAUAAUUCGAUCCUGGGACAGCUCAAAGCCGAGAUGGGAGACCAGUGGAUUAACUACAUCUCCUUCUGUGGGCUCCGAAACCAUGCUGAGCUGGAAGGGAAACUUGUCACAGAGUUGAUCUAUGUUCACAGCAAGCUGAUGAUUGUCGAUGACAACACAGUCAUAAUUGGCUCAGCUAACAUCAAUGACCGCAGCAUGCUAGGGAAACGAGACAGCGAAAUGGCCAUUGUUGUGCAGGACACGGACACCAUUCCUUCUGUCAUGGAUGGAGAGGACUACAAAGCUGGAAGAUUUGCUCAGUCUCUCCGCCUUCAGUGCUUUAGAGUUGUCUUUGGCAGUUCAGUUGAUGCAAAUGAUCUCCAAGAUCCUGUUAGUGACAAAUUCUUCAAGGAAGUGUGGGUUGCGACAGCUGCGCGCAAUGCCACCAUUUUUGAUAAGGUUUUCCGAUGCCUUCCCAGUGAUCAGGUAACCAACUUAGCCCAGUUACGGGAAUUCAUCACCAUACCAAAACUUGCUUGUGAGAAUCCUGCUAAAGCAGCAGAAGAACUCAAGAAGAUCCGAGGAUUUCUAGUCCAGUUCCCUUUUCGUUUUCUAGAUGAAGAAAAUUUACUUCCUUCUGUUGGAACAAAAGAAUCCAUGGUGCCCAUGGAAACUUGGACUUAAGAAGAUUUAGCCUAAAUAGGAUUUUUUUAAAGCAGGGUCCUGUGGAAACCUCCUGGAUGAAUUAUGGUUGCCUGGGACCUUUUUGCCCUUGGAAAAGAAGUUUGCACUGAUCCAGAAGUGCCUUUGAUGGGGGAAAAAUCUGAUAUAUCAGGGAAGAACAAUGGAUAACUGACAAGUUCUACCUACUAAUAAGUUAUGCUACAUAUAAACAACCUGAGAAUGAAGGGAAUGCAAACCAAGAGCCCAUAAAUCAUACUACAAGACAUUUGUUCCAUGCAUGCUUAGUUUCCAUGUCUGGUUCUUUGGAACAGAAUCUAAACAACUGGGAUAUGACAUCCACUGAUAAUAUUCAUUGGUUCAACCGGUCAAUAUCCAGGGAUCAAUUUUUACACUGUAAUAUAAAGCCACUGCUUAUGGAAUUAUCUCUUGUAUCAGGAAAUGUGAAUUUCAUGUGUCCAAUUUCAGAGCAAUGCACUGAAAACUUAGCUGUGUGCUGUGGAAAUGCAUGUGCUGUAAUUGUGAUUAUGCAACCAUUGUGGUAGGUAAGCAAUUUAUGUUGCUUAAAUCUUGAAUUCUAGAUGGUCUAACUAGAGUUUCUUUUUUAACUCCUUGUUAUGGUAUUCUCUAAAUUGUGUAACAACUGCUGAGAACACUGCGCGAUGCCACAAUACUGUGUUCGGCAUGACUGUGAUCACUGUUUAUUAAGUAGGUCGUAAAAUUUUGCACAAAGCUUCUCAGCUUUUCAGUGCUGUAUUUAGAACAAGAAAUACUUGGCAUGCUCACAUGUGUCACAUUAGAACAAUAAGUACUUUACACUUUCUGAGAGAGUGCUGGAAGAACUUGAUACUAGUUAGUCCAUCCUGUUUUGUGCACAAGCUUGCAUAAAAGUCUUUUUGGACAAUGGAUUGCCAAAGUCCAUAGUUUCCCAAAAGGGACCAAUUAACGUUUUACUGCUGACUGCAAAACGUGACAAAAAUUUGUUUGGUCAAGUCUGUAAUGUCUGCGAUCAAACAGGAUAUAAGAUGUUUUAAAAUAUUUUGUGUUGACAUGGUGAAGUGUCUAAGUGCUGGAUUAAGAUUCCCUGCUUGGCCACUAAAACCCAACUGCUUGCCAUUGGGGAAGUCAUACUCUCUAAGCCUAAACAGUGACAAAUCUCCUCUGAAAACUGCCAAGAAAACUGACAGAGUUGUUAAGUCAGAGUUGAACCGAAGACUCGUAACAACAAUAAAACAAUCACUUUUGAUCCCCUGCUGCCACUGAACUGUACAUUAUCAUUGAGCAAAGGAGUAUAUCAUGCAGCAUGAACAAUGUACUAAAAUAGAAUAAAGUGGAAAGGACUAUAGUUCAGUAAUUUACAUGCAAACUUGUCUAUGAUGCAGCCAAUGUGGAAUGCAGAGAUUACUCAAGAGGCCAAUAACAGAGUAGACUUAAAGGGAGCAGUGUUUGCACCCAUAAAAGCCACUUUUGUUUUCCAGGAGUGAAUGAGCUACCUGGUCAGUAAUUUGCUUUUUCAGGCCUAUCAAAUUCUGAUCUCUCUUCAUGGGUAUCCACCAAAAAUGGUGACAUUGCUGCUUUAUUACUAUCGCUGUUUAUUACAAAGAAGCACAAGAAACUCAUACAAGACUUGCAGUUACCCCACCAAGAGAAUACAUGACGUUUUACUGAGCAUAGGUUUAACUUUAAAAAAUGGCAGUGUGUUUUUUAUAGUAUAAAAUGUAAUUAGCAUUUCCAUUUCCAUCUUAAGCACCUAUGUCACCUGCAUUAAUUAGAUAUAGAAUACUGUGUAAUUUCAGCUGAUAAGAACCACUGACCUUCCUCAAGGGCAGACCCAGUGCCCAACUUGACUGCAAGUGACUACAGAAAGAGAUUUUCCAUUCUGCUCAUUAGUGGCAUAGUCAGAAACCAUACACAUUCUUCAAAGUCAGUGAUUUGGUGGCACAUUUUGAUCUUUCAAUAAUUCAUGCACAGCAGCCUUACAGGGAAGAAUCUAAUAUGUGUUUCCACUAUUGUGUUGAUUGCUUUUGUGCUUUCUCAGGAUGUGUGUUUUUUUUUUUAAAAAAAAAACCUUUUACUGUUGCUUGUCAUGAACUUUGAGGACAAUCCAAUUUUUGGCAAAUCUGGUUGAUGCAUAGGGCUGUAGGAUUAAGAAUAGACCACUUUGUCAUUCGGUUCACAUUGCAUUAUUUUGAAUAAGCCUGACUCACUAACGCCAGAAAUCCCAGAAGGAGCAGGGAUGGGAGAAUGAAUGAAUUCAGGGAAGAACCUUUUUGGUGACUUAUUCUUGCAUAAAUGAGGUCCAUGCUUGUUCAGAAAUGGCAUAAAGAGGUAUCCAAUUUCUUCCUUACACAGCGAUUUUGGCUCAGCUGCACAACUGCUAUUGUAGCUGUGCUCCCAGUCUAAACGACCACUGAUUAGUAAAAAAUGCCCAUUACAUUGUCACCUGGCUGUAGCUGUCACUGCUGGAGAUUUCCAUGUAAAUAUAGUACUAGAAUUUUAUGCUCCACUGGUGCUGAAGUAAAGAGGUAGUGCAGUUUUGCAGAGAUAAAUAAGAAAUAUACUCAUUGUCAUAUAACUAUCACAGAGAGCUUAACUACUGGAGACAUCAACAUUGAUAGACCAACGGUGAAUGUGUUUAUGUGUUAGAUGUCUUUAUAGGAACAGCAAACUGCUGCCCCAGAGGAAAAGUGCAUGGUUAAAUGGCAAACUAGGCAAGAGCCCAGCUGCCUGUUUACAGCUGCAAAAGUUUAUCUGGCAGAAUUGUUGUGCAUGUUUUCUUUAAAAAAAAUUGCAAUUUCUUGGAUAGGGACGCAUUCUGUUGAGUUAAACUGAAAAAAAAUUAAGCCAUCUCAUAGCACUUUUGGACUAUUGAUCUGUUCAGUUUUGUUACCCAGAGAAGAAAUAAGCCAGACAAGAAUGAGAAGAUAACCUGGAUAUCAAUCAUACUUUUUCACUGACCCUGUGAUAUGUCUGGCCUCUUGGUGAAUCACAAUUACCUUGAUUGGUCUAUGUGGGUUAAUAUUUUAAGUGUUCUGCUGACCUUGACUCCUCCCUAUUUUUCUAGCCUUCAAGUUGCAUACCAUGUCAGGAAUUAAAAUCUGAAAGUAGAGAUAUUGGUCAAGAUUUAUCCCAUGAAAACUCCUGGAUUUUGCCAGCUGCUGAAGAAUCAGCAAGUGUACAUCAUAUAAUUUGGGGAGAAGCCAUAGCUGUAGUAGGAUACAUGCUAUCUGCGGGCCUUAAGUUCAACUCUUGGCACCUCCAAGAACACGGAAAAAAUGGGCCUAUUGUCAUGGUGAGAGAGUCAACAAGGCUGGACUAGAUACACCAAUAAAACAAGGUAGCUUCAUAUGUUCAUACUAUUUUCAUCAGGGAUUGAUAUACUUAAAGGACCCACUUUUUAAUAAAAAUGAUUCCAGAGUUUAAACAAAUUGGAUCAUACAUUUUCCAAUCUACUUCAAAUUGCCCAGGUAUCUACCAUUAGAUCUCAGAUGUUCUGCUGACCACCUAUUCUCAAGGCUGGGGUGUUUUGAAUGACAUGUGGAGAUGUCCUUGACAUGUUCAUUGUCAUUUGAGAUGUAGCUGUUUGAUAUGCAUGUUAGGGCCUUCUCAAGUUAUGGCACACCAGCUGUGAUUGUUCAGUGUGGCUUAGCAUAAAAAGCAACUUGAAGGUUUUGCUUCCUUCCUUUUUUAAUGCAAUAGGUUUCCUAUUGUUAUGCUGUUGUGUCUGUUGUUUUACAUCAAUGUGAUUGUUAUUUUAUUAUUGCUCUGUUUACUGCUGACUGUAUAUUCCAUUGGGGUCUACGUGUAGAAGCAAAGGCAAAUUACAAACAGCUUUAUUAAUAGAAAAAGGGCUCUGCUUAUACAGACAGGAAGGCACCCUAUGCACUUCUCCGAAUCACGACUUUUGGGGACCUUCAUGAAAACGUGAUCUCCCAUUGCUGCUGUAAUUGAUAACAGUUUAAAGCCUGCUGAAUCAGGAAUCCAUGAGAUUGAAGGACAAAAGGCAGUAUUGAUUGAAAAAAUCCUGCAGCCCUUAUAGAAUCAAAAUGAAAGGCAGCAACUAAUGGAAUUCAGAGACACUUUCCUUCUGACCUUUUAAGAAGGAAAGAAGUGUUCUUUUUGUUUUCUUGCAGUCAUCACAAGCUCCUUUGUUUUCUCACAUUGCUUUCCCCCCUAAAAUAGAUGUGGACACUGAGAAUAAGUAUAAUUUAUUUGUCUCCAUCCUUGACACAGAGAUAAUGGAAGAAAAACAAAGUAAGCUUUGUAAUUGGCUGGUGAAGUUCUUUUUGCAUUAAUGGAGUGCUCACUGGAUUAACUAGGUGGCAAGAUAAGCCUUUUUAAAAAAAAUCUUUAGAGAGAUUGGAACAAUGUUAUGUAUCUGUGAAAGUACAUUAACACUGUGAAUAUGCCUUCUGUGAAGGCUGCAGCAAUGCCAUUUGUUUUGUUUUAUACUGUCAAUCUUGCUAAUGACUGCUUUUGUCAUGAUUUUUCCUGCCUCUGUAAUUGGGAAUAUUUAACAUGUUCAUCAGCUGAAAUAUAUAACUAAAAUGUAA